GGGCAUCGUGACGUCAGAAGGUUUAGCAACUGGCGCGCCGCGCGGAAGCAACGCUCGUGUUUCUAAUUUCAACUUAAUUGACAAGUCUUUAAAAGGUAUAGAACAUGGCCUCUGAUGACAUCGCUCAGCUGGCUGAUGCUCUCUCAAAAACUCAUGUUGGUGAUGGAGAGUUGAGUUUUGAAGGUCUGGGAUUGAAGCUCGACGACUCAGAGUCAGCGGCAGAGCUGCUCGGUAAGAUCGAGCAGUACCCGGGUCUGAGAGCCCUGCGCCUGGAGGGCAACACUGUGGGAGUGGAAGCUGCCAAAGCCAUCGCCAAAGCUCUUGAAAGCAAAGACCAGCUUCAGAGAUGCUACUGGAGUGACAUGUUCACAGGAAGGCUCCGCUCUGAAAUCCCCACCGCUCUGAUGUGUUUGAGCGGUGCACUGAUGAGCGCUGGUGCCCGGUUGACUGAGUUGGACCUGAGCGACAACGCCUUCGGGCCUGACGGCGUCAAAGGCAUCGAGCAGCUGCUGAAGAGUCCCUCCUGCCACACGCUGAGGGAACUGAGACUCAACAACUGUGGCAUGGGAGUAGGAGGGGGGAAGAUCCUGGCUGAAGCACUUAUUGAGUGCCACAAGAAGUCAACAGCUGUCGGAUCCGUUCUAAGGCUGAAAGUGUUUGUUGCAGGGAGAAACCGCCUGGAGAAUGAUGGGGCGAGCGCCCUGGCCAAGGCCUUCCAGCUGAUGGGCAGCCUAGAGGAGAUCCACAUGCCUCAGAAUGGAAUAAACUACCCUGGUGUGAUAGCGUUGGCUUCAGCCAUCCGUCACAACCCCGAGCUCCGAGUCCUCAACUUCAACGACAACACCUUCACCAAGAGGGGAACGCUGGCGAUGGCCCAAGCUCUCAGGCACCUCAGGAACAUCCAGGUGAUCAACUUUGGCGACUGUCUGGUCCGGUCUGAAGGAGCCAUCGCUCUCGCUGCAGUUUUGACAGAAGGACUGCCGGUCCUGAAGGAACUCAACUUGUCAUUCGGCGAGAUCACAGCGGGGGCGGCUCUGGUGGUCGCUCAGGCUGUCCUUGACAAACCUCAUAUGGAGAAAGUCAAUCUGAAUGGUAACUGCCUGGGUGAGGAUGGCUGUGAUGUCCUGAGAGAAGUUCUGGACAAUGUGGACAAAGGAGACAUGCUGGCCUCACUCAGUGAGGAUGAGGGUGAGCCAGAUGAUGGUGAAGAUGAAGACAGUGAUGCCGGCGAUAGCGAUGGCAGUGAUGAAUGUUGUGAGACUGGCCAAUGUGAGGAAAUUGUGAAAGAAAACGGAAUCAACGGAGGAGAAAGCCCAGAAAAACUUCAGAGUCAAGCAGGAAUCCUGUCAUUCCUCAGUAACCCCUCAGCAGAAACGUUGUCUCAUAUGAAGAUGAACCUUCAGCAAGAGGUUAAUGUGUCUGAACCACACAAAGCUGCAGAGCUCUUUCUGAAGAUUGGCUCCUUGCACAGCCAGGACGCUGAGGCUAACACAGCUGUCUUUGAAGUCAUUGAUGGCGUUUUGAAGAAGGUUCUCUCUGCUUCGGCCCUCCAGUCACACUGCUUCCUCACUACCCUGCUGGUCCUGAUGGGAGUCCUGAAGGGAGAGGGCAAAGUGAAGAAGGUGCCACUGGUCCCCGGUCAGCUGCUGUGUUUGGAACAUGCUGUCCAGCAGGAGUAUUUCACUCAGGACCAGGCCUCUGUGUUCCACACGCUGCUGUCCAGAAACAGUGAUGCUCUGAAGUCCUGCAGUAGCGCCAGAGACAGGCUGAGCUCUGCUCUGGAGAAGAAAAGCCACUGACUGAUUAAAGCCAGUACCAACACUGGGACAUAAACACACUGUUCUUUAUUUCUCUGGAUGUGUAACCAGCAGGGAUACUUCCCACUUGAACAAAGGGACAAGUAAAGCCACUA